GGUGGCUGUGGAGGGUCAGAUGAUCUGUGUUUGUCAGAGGAGGAGUUUCUUCUUCUUCUUCAGUUUCAGAGACAGAUGUCAGCGCCCUCUGCUUUUCAACUGCUCUUUCCCUCCUCCUCCUCCUCUUCAUCCUCCGCUUCCUCUCGUCCUCUGAGCAUCUCUGAUCACAUGAUCAGGAUCAGCUGUUACUACAACCUCUUCAGAAACAUCAGCUCCUGGAGUGACGGAGAUUCGUCCAAUCAGGAUUCAGCUGUGACUUCCCUGGGCGGAGCUGCAGGUAAAGGUCGCUGCGUCGACCCACACCUCCGACAAAUCUACACCGACCCCCCCCUCACCCUGACUCCACCCUUCAGCCCCAGGGUCAAGGAGUACUGUGCCGAGGUGACCUUUGACACAGUGACGGUUCGAAUCAGACCGAUGCCCGUCAGCUCAUCCUGCACGGUCCACCUGGACGAGCACCGAGGACCGAGGAUGGCGAACUACCCUGUUGGCCUCGGCAACAGCAGGAUCAGCAUCCUGGUGACGGACGACGCUGAGACAGAGCCUGUCGUCAUGGCGAUCUACACCGUCCAUGUGUUCCGUGAGAACCGACCCAGUCUGCCCAUGUUCACAGAUCAUGUAAUGUGCAGCUUCGUCCAGGUGAGUCGGCCACUCUCCUAUUAUCCAUAUCCUGCUGCGCUGUGGAGGAUGUGAUGUCAGAUCUGCGUCUCACUGUUGAGGAG